AGAGAACGCAAGGUGCAUAGGCCACUCUUAGGAGAACGUUGACAACUUGACUAAACCUUACUUUAUAAGUAUAUCUAUAACAAUGGCUGCCACAAACACCGAAUACCCGGAAUUGUUAUAUGAAUACCUCAAUGGCUUCAUCAAGACAUGGUCUCUUGUUGCGGCUGUUGAUUUGAAGAUCUUUGACCACCUAGAGGGAGCUGGUAAACCUCUGAAGGCAACCGAAGUAGCCAAAAACCUUGAACUUAAUGCACCUUACACAAAGCGCUUCCUUGACGUUCUCACAGCCAUGAAACUUGUCAAGAAAAACUCAGAAGAAGAAACCUAUACGAAUGAGCCGUUAAGCUCUAAAUAUCUUGUCAGAUCCAGUCCCGAUUGUAUGGCAGGGGCAGCAGUUUACGAGCGCACAAUAGAGAUACCAACACAGGCUUGGCUCGCUAAUGCUAUCAGAACAGGUGAUAGCCAACUUGAGAAUGCUAUUGGUGUCCCAGCCGACAAAAUCUUUGAUACGGAGAUCGGUUGUUACAAAACUCCUCAGGAACAAUAUGAAUUUAUAGACGGACAGGAAGGCAUAGCUAUCGGUAUGACCAAUAAAUGCCUAACUUCAUUUGAUCUCAGUGAGUUCAAAACUGCAGUAGAUGUUGGUGGUGGCUCGGGAGUCAACACAUGGGCACUCGCCAGACUCUACCCAGAUAUGGAAAUCACACAUUUCGACUUACCCGUGGUAUUACAGUACAGGGAAAAAUUCAUGCCAAAGAACGCUAAACAAUACAAAGUCAAAACACAUGAGGGUAACUUCUUUGAGGAUCCCAUCCCAUCUGCAGAUCUUUAUCUUGUGUCUCAUGUCUUCCACGACCAUCCAGUUGCCAAAAGUGUCGGCCUUGUGAAGAAAUUAUUUGGCAGUCUCAAUCCAGGUGGCGCCAUUGUGAUUCUUGAAACAUUCUGGAACAACGAGAAAACAGGGCCUCUAAAGGCUGCAAUGGAUGAGGCUAGAUUCCUUGCCUUGUUAAGAGAUAGCUACAUCAGAUCACCGAACGAUUUCAGCGAUAUUCUUAAGCAGGCUGGCUUUGUUGAUGUCCAAGUGUCUUGGGUUGAAGGAGAGGCCUGGUCAGAUACCAUCAUGGCGAGAAAACCAAAAUAAAUGCAAACAUGAACAGUCUUUGCUAUAUUGUUAUAACAAUGUUGUAACAUUGCUCAAUUUUUGGUUUUAUGAUUGUUAGAUGUGUAUUGAGGAUUUUUAUGCUUUUGUAACUUAUGUAAAAAGAUCAAAUUGACAUAUGCCAAGAUGAGUGUGAAAUCUAGUUUGUAGUUUUAAAUACUGGUGAAUUGACCAGAUGCUUUUUGGUAAAUGUUCGAAGCAUUUUUCUAUAUUAUUAAUCCUUGUUCCUUCAUAAUCCAUCUUAUACUUAAGAAAAAUACUUACGUCGUCUUUAAGAGUUAAUGUUUGUGUUUUCAAUGAAAUAAAUAUAUUUUCUUAUCUGUCCAUCCUUGUAUUUUCUUUCUACUAACAAUCGCAAGCGCUUGAAGCAGACCGACAUAAAAACUAUAUGCAAAGAGGAUUUUAGUCAUAUUCAUAUCCUUACAAGGAUUAUUAUCAAAAAGCAACACACAUACUCUGUAAAUCACCGGUGAUUCACUCGAUUACGCUGGUACCGUUU